GGAAAAAGCGGGUCAUUGGAGGAGGAGGAGGCGGACGACGGGGAAGGGGACGACGGGGAAGGGUUGGAAGACUACGAGUCCGAGGAUGACGCCGGGUCGGUGGAUUUGGAAGCGGACGACGACGAGAUGGUGCCGCGCUUCCUCAACGAAAAGGAGGGCCGGGACACGUACGGUCCCGCGCCAGUGCGGGGGCUGGGAGACAUGGGGCGGGGCUUCUGGCAGGACUUCGAGAUUCCGGACGAGUUGGUCAUGCUCCAGACCAACUACGAUCCGGAGCUGGCGGAAAAGUUCCUCGCCCGGAACAACCUCUGGAAGGCCUCCAUGGUGUCCCGAAUCCUGCCCGUCACCGUCCAGUUCAACACCCCUGCCGAGGAGGUGUUCUUCUCCGAGGCGGUCAUCCGGACGGCCUUCCCUGGCUUGCAGGACCACGGUCGGUCGCUGCACAUGCAGGCGUUGCAGGUCGCCAAUGGUGCCCCAAUAGAGGCGACCGAUCACGGCACGAGCGAGCAGCUGGCCCGGAUCGCGUGGCGGCGGCGGGAGGAGAGGGAGACCUCGGAAGCCGACGACGGCUUAAUGCUGACAGAGGCUGAACGGGAGUGGAAACGGAAGCGGCUCGAGGACCAGGCCUUGUUGGGGGAGCGCGCGGAGCAUGAGAUUGCGGCGGCCGCCAUCGAUUACAAGCGGCAGAAUAGGGGGUAG